AUUACCGAGCGUCUCGCGGAAAUUGCCGAGGGCACCGCCAUGUUUUACUGAAGAGAGCGUUCGAGGGGAGUUCUGUUUUGAGGUCGAGGAGCCUCCCCGGCCGAGGAGUGAAAUAAAAGUUCAAAUUUGUGCACCUCUUUCAACCCCCUCCCACAUCCUCCACAUAAGGCUCAAAGGAAUUUUUGGCACUAUGCUGCGACUUCCUGCUAUCCACAAGACUCUUGUUGGUGUUACCUGGACUGCUACAGGAUGCGCGCGCACCACUUCUACAGCAGCUAGCAAUCUGAUAGAAGUUUUUGUUGAUGGUCAUUCUAUUUUGGUGCCUCCAGGAACCACAGUACUUCAGGCCUGUGAAAAGGUUGGAAUGCAAAUUCCUCGCUUUUGCUAUCAUGACAGAUUAUCUGUGGCUGGAAAUUGCAGGAUGUGUCUUGUGGAGAUAGAGAAAGCCCCCAAGCCAGUUGCUGCUUGUGCCAUGCCAGUCAUGAAGGGUUGGAACAUUCUGACAAAUUCUGAGAAGUCCAGGAAAGCAAGAGAAGGGGUAAUGGAGUUCUUGUUGGCUAACCAUCCACUGGAUUGUCCCAUUUGUGAUCAAGGAGGGGAGUGCGACCUUCAGGAUCAGUCAAUGAUGUUUGGCAGCGAUAGGAGCAGAUUUCUGGAAAGCAAACGUGCAGUUGAAGACAAGAAUAUUGGUCCUCUUGUAAAAACUAUCAUGACCCGGUGUAUACAAUGUACUCGCUGCAUCAGAUUUGCAAGUGAAAUUGCAGGAGUUGAUGAUUUAGGAACCACAGGAAGAGGAAAUGAGAUGCAAGUUGGCACUUACAUUGAAAAAAUGUUUAUGUCUGAAUUAUCAGGCAAUGUGAUUGAUAUUUGUCCAGUGGGUGCCCUUACCUCCAAGCCUUAUGCCUUUACUGCUCGACCCUGGGAAACAAGGAAGACAGAGUCUAUUGAUAUUCUUGAUGCAGUAGGAAGUAAUAUUGUGAUAAGCACAAGAACUGGAGAAGUGAUGAGAAUUUUGCCAAGAUUGCAUGAAGAUAUCAACGAGGAAUGGAUCUCUGAUAAAACAAGAUUUGCUUAUGAUGGCCUGAAACGUCAGCGACUUAUUGAGCCAAUGAUAAAAAAUGAAGAAGGGCUGUUCACUUAUGUAUCUUGGGAAGAAGCCUUGAGUUAUGUAGCAACUGCGCUUCAGGGGAGUCAAGGUAAUGAAGUAGCUGCAAUUGCAGGAGGAUUAGUGGAUGCAGAAGCACUAGUAUCGCUCAAAGACUUCCUGAAUAGAAUUAACUCUGAUAAUAUAUGUACUGAAGAGGUUUUCCCCACUGCAGGAGCUGGAACAGACCUGCGAUCUAAUUACUUACUUAAUACCAAGAUUGCAGGAGUAGAAGAGGCAGAUUUCCUACUUCUGGUUGGCACCAAUCCACGCUUUGAGGCACCAUUAUUCAAUGCAAGAAUUAGAAAAAGCUGGCUACAUAAUGAGCUAAAAGUUGCUCUUGUGGGCAGUCCAGUUGAUUUAACCUACACUUAUGAGCAUCUGGGAGAUUCCCCACAGAUAUUAUUAGACAUUGCUUCUGAGAACCAUCCAUUCAGCAAGGUCCUGAACCAGGCAAAAAAGCCAAUGGUGGUGAUGGGCAGUGCAGCACUGCAACGUGAUGAUGGAGCAGCUAUUCAUUCAGCCAUUUCUACUAUUACACAGAAUAUUAGGGCAAAAAGUGGAAUAGAUGCUGACUGGAAAAUUAUGAACAUUCUUCAUAGAGUGGCAAGCCAAGUAGCUGCUCUUGACUUAGGUUACAAACCAGGAGUAGAUGCAAUCAGGAAGAACCCUCCUAAAGCGCUGUAUCUCUUAGGGGCUGAUGCAGGUUGUAUAACCCGACAAGAUUUGCCUAAGAAUUGCCUUAUCAUUUAUCAGGGUCACCAUGGUGAUAUUGGAGCUUCUAUGGCUGACGUAAUUCUUCCAGGAGCAGCUUAUACAGAAAAGACUGCAACCUAUGUCAAUACCGAAGGCAGAGCUCAGCAAACCAGAGUAGCAGUGACACCACCUGGCAUGGCAAGAGAGGACUGGAAAAUUAUUAGGGCACUCUCUGAGCUGACUGGUGUAACUCUCCCUUAUGACAAUCUUGAUCAAGUGAGGAGGAGAUUAGAAGAAGUGUCUCCUAAUUUGGUUCGAUAUGAUGAUGUAGAAGAAGCCAACUAUUUUAUUCAAGCAAAUGAAUUGUCCAAGGUAGUGAAUCAGAAACUUCUUGCUGAUCCUCUUGUUCCUCCUCAGCUUACAGUUAAAGACUUUUAUAUGACAGAUCCAAUAAGUAGAGCUUCGCAGACAAUGGCUAAAUGUGUGAAAGCAGUUACACAGGGUGCCAAAGCAAUUGAAGAACCCUCCAUCUGCUAAAGAAUGAAAUCGAGAGUCCAUCAGGCAUUAUUAUGAUCGACUAAUAUUUUUACAUAAGCAACUGUUUUGUGGUCUCUUUUUGUUCCUAUUUUUUUAAUGGAACAAGUGAAAGUUAUUACAACCAAUUCUCUAGCAUGCAUUGGAUAAUUAUGUUUAGCACCAUUUAUCAUACAUAAGAUAUUAUGUAUACUGAAUGUGUACAAAUAGGGUGUAAAAUUAAAAGUAUUGUAUAACCAAGACUAUUAAAAAGCAGUGUGAUUCUUCAGUAACCAAUAUAUAUGUAUAUGUAUAUGUGUGUGUGUGUGUGUCAAGAUAAAAACCAUCUUCUUGCAUUUCAAUGUA